AUGUCAAUUGUCAACUACAGAGUGUAUGUAUUGGUACCUCAUUUAUUUAAUGAAAUCAUUUAUUAUUUACUCACCAUACCCUCGCUCAUCAUUCAUUACAUUUAUUAUUUCUUUAUUUAUGAAUCAUCAUCAUUAGUAAACUCAGCAAUAUGGAUCAUCAGACAAUACAGUAGUACGAUUCAAGAGAAUGAAGCAGCUAUUUGUAGUUCAGGUAACUUUAUAUGUUCAACGGGAACACCUCGUCAUAUCACUAAAAUUAUCUUUCAAACAUUUGAUAUAGCGAUGACUGGUCUGGUACCUGAUCCCUUGUUGACUGAAUUUGAUUUCCCAGAGGUCGAUGAAAUACAAUUGACAGCGUUGCUUAAUGUCAGAUUGCCUAACACUAACAUUCUAAAUUUAAUCAAGAAUAUGCCUCUUCUUGGUAGACUCUCAAUCCUAUCGGAUGCAUCUGUCACUCUUAUCCCAGAUGGAUUCGUACUAGCAUUACCAGCUUUAAAAAUUUUUCAUAUCGAAUCAGUAUAUGUCAUACAAGACAUGAUACCAUUUAACUUUGGACCGGUCGUUGAAGAAGUGAUAUUUUCAAUUCAAGGCACCGUGACGUUUGAUGCAACCAUCGCUCAUACCAAUUUGAAUGCACUCUCCAUUAGCAUGCAACUUACCAGUCCCCUAGCCAUAACCAUCACAGACCAAGCCUUCCCAGUAUUGCAAACUUUGGGUAUGAUCGUAAUAAGCACUGACCAUACCUUUUCGUUAACCCUAGGUGCAAGACCAACCGACUUAAAUUUUCAAUCCUUCCUAGCCAAGAGCAGCAACUUGAUAUUUAAUUAUCCAGACUCUGUCGCGGUAUCUAUCUUAGGGCCAUUGGUAACAAUAUCACCUCCACUGAUCGAUUUUAUUAAUCUCAGAUCUCUUCUAAUAUCCGGGGCUAAUUAUACAGAGUUUCCACUUGCAGAGUACCCUGAAUCCCUUCAAUCACUUGCAUCAACUCAUGGUAAUCUAACCACAAUUCCAAACAUUCCAUUCAAGAAUGUGCAAUUAAUGCAAUUCCAAAAUAACAAGUUACAGGAUAUUCCUUGGAACAUUUUUACAAGUGGAAACCCAAACAUUAUUCUCGAUGUGAGAUACAACCCAACAUUAGUUACCACCACCAUUCCACAGUCAUUUUGUAAAAACAGUUUGAGAAUUAAUGGAUGUCCCAGCAUUACCAAUUUGCCAGAUUGUUUUAAAUGUUACAAAAAUGAUCCAUCCAUUAUUCAAACUGAUAUUGUUGUUGAUCCAAGUUUCAUUUGUCCCAUUUCAUUUUAUACCACAACUAUUCUAACAGUGGGUGGAUUAGGAGAAAUUUCUGGUGAAAACAUUGGAUUUGGCAAUAACAUGAUGGGUAAUGGGAUUUCUUUGAACCCUAUUAUUCCAAACAGUCGUUUAAGGUAUUAUGAUACGUCGGGACAAUCUGGACCUGCAAGAACAGUCACUCUAUCUUUGAAUAACAAUUACCCAGAUUACCAGUAUGACUUUUCAGUACUAGAAGUUGGCAUUUCACUCGGGGCUUCUUCCUUGGGACUCACACAACUUCCCUCAGAGACUUGUAGAUUCUAUGUUUUUAUACAUCUAAUCAAUCCAACACUCCCACACACCGUCAAAAUUAAUCAUGACAUUGAUUGUGUCAUUACAAGUACAUUGGCACCGACUAGUAUGUUAUAUUGUAACACCGUUGGCUACUAUUUUGCUCAAGGUCAAAAUAUUACAUUCACAGUUUCAAAUGCUCAUUACUCUGUUGAUAGUUAUUUUAUCCUCCAAAACUAUUUCCCAUCAAAUGUCGAGUUGUACAUUUUAGAUACUUUGAGUAUCAUCGGUACAAGAUAUGCAUUUAAUGGUUAUUUUGGAGCAAGUGCAUCAAUGUCAGAUGUUGUUGUAUCAUUUAAUGGUGAUAUAUCUGCUUGUAGUGUCACUUGGCUCAAUGAAUCACGAGUUGAAUGUACACAAGCAAAAACUUUGAAAUACGGAAUGAAGGCUAUCACUGUAUCAAUUUAUGGUUUUAGUUCAAAUACAAUCUUUGCCAAUUUGACAACACCACAGAGUGAAUGUCUGAAUACUGGUUGCUCGGGUCAUGGAUCUUGUGAUAUUAAUGGAACUUGUAUUUGUGAUACUGGUUAUUAUUCUGUUAAAUGCUCAGAGAAAUACCCGACUUUUAGAUCAGGAUCUUAUGAUUUAAAUGAUAGAAAAUUGAUCAGUAUCUAUGGUGAUUUCGGACCAUUCAAUCAAACUAUUGUAUCAAUCACUUUGAAUAGUACUGAUUGUCAAGUUACAUCAAAAUCACAAACAUUGAUUAAUUGUACAUUGGUCAGUGAACCAACUGAUGGUUUGGCAUUGGUCAGAUUGACUGUUGAUAAUUCAACAAAUAAUGGAAAUAAUUGGAUUUAUUUUAAACCUUCAUCACAGUCAUCUGGUUCUGGGUCGGAUAGCGAUGGCAGUGGUGGUGAAUUAACAUGUCCAUUUAAUUGUUAUGGUCACGGUCAAUGUAUCAAUGGGAAGUGUAAAUGUGAUACUGGAUAUAGUUCAAUCGAUAAUUGUUUGACAAAAACAAGCAAUCACACAAACACACCCAAUACAACAUCACCAACAACAUCAUUUGAUAUCGAUGGAAUUGAUUUCCAAUUUGAAAUGAUUGCCAUUCAAGAAAUAGAUACUGAUGAUAAUAUCAUCAAUCAAGUAUUGACAAACAGUUGGAAUUCAACAUUAUCAUUAGAUAAUCAAACACAAACAACAACAGUCAACUAUCAACUCAACAAUAGUGAUACAACAGCACUAGUAACAGCAACGAUAUCAUUCUCACAACAACCAAGAGAUAUUCAAUUUGGUUCACAACUACUUCACAUCGAUGCCAAUUCAAUCAAACUAUCAGUCAACAUUAGUAAUUGGACAUUCAACACAUUCUUGACAACACUCAGAGUCAUCUUCAAAACAACCAUCAACAAUGACCAAUCAAUCGAAUUUGAUUGUCAAGAUGUUAAUAUUGAUACACUCAGCUACGAUCAACUAUCCAACUCUAUUCAAUAUCUACGAGUGGUAAAAGAUAAUAUUCAAUUCACAGGUAGAUUUAUCGAUUAUGUAUUAUCUGAUGGAAGACCAACUUUCUCCAAGACAUCUAUUAUCAACAAAACUGCUUCAUUAGAAGAUCAAUCACAAUCAACUAUAUUAAUUGGAAUAAGUAUGCCACAAUGCCAAUCAUGUUCCCUCGAUCCAGAUUUCACACCAUUAUUAAUCGACAAGAGUGAUGACAGUGGGUGCAGUAAAUCCAAUACGUGGAGAAUCAUUGUUGGUGUUGUUGUUGGAGUAUUCGGUGCUGUUGCCAUCGCAGUGGGAUCAAUUAUAUUGAUUAAAAAGAAAAGAGUUACUAAAAGACACAAUAAGAAUAUGCAACAAAAACUCGCUAGAAUGAGUUUACAGUACAAAUAA